GAAUAAACGAGAGAGAGAGGAGAAUAGAGUAGAGCUGUGUUAUACAGCUUGCCCUGGCUGUAUUGAUUUAGAUGCCAGAGACUGCGAUAGAGAGAGAGAAGUGUAGCCACUUUUUCAGAUGGUCUCUCUCACCUGACACACAAACAUACUGCGGGAACAGGAGAGAGAACUGGACAGUGUCUAUCUGUGAAAGAGUGAAAUAAACAAGAGAUGAACUGCAGAAGCCAACUCUGAUUGGAAGACGAGUGUUUGUGAGAGACAGAGGCAAGCAGCGAGAAAUGAUGUGAGCGAUGAAGAAGACAGACACGGACCCUCGUGUUUCGACCGGUGGGACCUGGAGUGCGGAAAGCACAUUCUGCAGGAUGCAUUGCUGUUUUUAACCCUCGACUGCUUCUUAACGGAUUUGAUGUGGUUUAUGAAGUACAGAAGAAGACAAAAUCUGUGUUUUGGAUGGUGAAUUAUGCGAUUAAUUUAUGUGUUAUGAAUUAGUGAUGUGUUUUAAUUGGUCUUGCGGACCAAAGCUGAUCUUGGAUUCAUUUUGAACACAAAAUGAAAGGAAGAAACUUGAAAUUAAUGUAAAGGACAAGAGACUGAAGGGAAGAGACGGUUUGUUAUAAAAUGAAUGGAAGAAUUUGCUACACUCAGUAUGGUGGCUGUAGAAAUGGAAAUUCCACCUUUCAUUUAGAGGAACCAAACAUCUUUUUGAUCAUUUGUUACUUACGCUUCAAUAUGCAUUUCUUGGAUCAGCUUGAAAAAUACAGCUUUUAGUGUAAUUUCAGCUAAAGAUUUUAGUUUGUUAAAUUAUAUUUUGCAUUUUUCUUUUUUUUUUUCACAAUUUAGCUUUUUGCUGUAUUCAAAUAGAUAUGAGGAUUAAUAACCGGAGAUACCAAGAUGGCCACCAAGUGAACCGGAGUGAUACCGAGUCAUACUUGAGACUAUUUUUGUAGUUAAAUUCAGUCUAGUAAUGCUAUUUUCAGUCAUUUUUGAAUGUGCGUGGCGAGAAUGAAGCUCGGUGUGCUUUGCCCUGCACUGACCCCGCCCCCAACCACACCUAUCUGCACCUUGACCCCGCCCUCUUCUGAUCAUGCAAGUGCUGCAGAUUGUUAAAGAGCUGGUGUCGCCCUCUCACCGUCGCGCCAGCGGUCGUUUUGCAGCGUCUAAUUCAGAGCAGGAUGCCGCAGUGAAGUUGGAACAGGAGCGAGCUGAGAUACUCGCCAAAUAUGACAAGGGUAAAGAAAGUGCGGAGGUGGAGCCGUGGGAGGAGACCAAUUUUGAUCUGUAUAAAGCGGUGGACCGCUUCGGAUUCUUGCAUGAGGAUGAGCUUCCAAUGUAUGACAUAGUGGAAGAAAAGCAAAAACAUCUGGAAGUGGAGAGAACGACAAAAUGGCUGAAAAUGUUGAAAAGCUGGGAGAAAUACAAGAACAGUGACAAGCUGGUGAGGAGAAUCUAUAAAGGAAUUCCACUGCAGCUCAGAGGUCAGGUUUGGUGUCUUCUGCUCGACGUCCCCAAAAUCAAAGAGGAGAAGAAGGACUUCUAUGAGAAACUGAAGAUCAGAGCAAGGGGUUUGUCUCCAGAUGUCCGUCAGAUUGAUCUGGAUGUGAAUCGUACAUAUAGAGAUCACAUCAUGUUCAUGCACCGUUAUGAUGUCAAACAGCAGGAUCUGUUUCAUGUGCUUACAGCAUACUCCAUUUAUAACACGGAGGUGGGCUAUUGUCAGGGCAUGAGUCAGAUCACUGCUCUGUUACUCAUCUAUAUGAAUGAGGAAGAUGCUUUCUGGGCACUGGUUAAGCUGCUCUCUGGACAGAGACAUGCCAUGCACGGUUUCUUUGUACCAGGGUUCCCUAAACUCAUGCGCUUCCAGGAGCAUCAUGACCGUAUCCUGCAGAAGAUGAUGCCUAAGCUCAAACAACAUCUAGAUAACCAAGAGGUGUUCACCAGCCUGUACACUAUGAAAUGGUUCUUUCAGUGUUUCUUGGAUCGGACUCCGUUUACACUUACGCUGAGAAUAUGGGACAUUUAUAUUUUGGAAGGAGAGCGAGUUUUGACUGCGAUGUCCUACACCAUCCUCAAACUACACAAAAAGACCCUCUUGAAGUUGUCCAUGGAGGAUCUGGUGAAGUUUCUGCAGGUGACUCUGUCAAAGGAUUUCUUUUUUGAGGAUGACUUUGUGAUAGAGCAGCUUCAAAACUCCAUGUCUGAGCUCAGACGAUCUAAAUUGGAGCUGCCACCUCCAGGUAAGGAGGAUGAGUUUCCUAAGAAACCAUUAGGUCAACUCCCCCCUGAGCCUCCAGGGUUGGCGGCAGCAGCAACCAAUCAUGUGGCUAACGGGCAGCCGGUUGGACAGACGGGUGAGGGUCUACCCCCUCGUGGUCCAAGCCCUGCCGCAAGCAUCAGUAAACGAGAGUCUGGUCCCAUCACUGAUGGAACACCAGAGAGGUACCAAGAGAGUCGGCCAUCCAGCUCACUGGACAAGGUGCCUCAUCCAGAGAGGGAUAGACGGGGUGUAGACCCUCAAAAGGAGCGGGUCCCAACCCACAUGCCCAACAACAGUGCAACAGCUGGUGGGAAGGCGUUGACCCAGAACCAGACAAAUCACAACUCCAAUGCUAGAUCCAGCAUGCGCAGGGACAAGCCUCGUUGGGUCAAGCCUUCCGAAGGCAAACUGGAAGCAGUCAAGGCUGCAGCACUUCGGGAAAGCCAGUCGAGUCUAACUAUGGGUGUUCCACCCUCGCCCAGCUCCCCAACUCCAGAGGAGGCCACCGGGGCACAGCACCGCCCCCGUUCCCGCGCAUUCGCUCCAGGCUCCAACCGCGCUUCCAAUGCCUCGCAAUACGACAAUGUCCCGGGACCAGACGGAGAGGUUAUGGAGAUUAUAGAGCUGGAGAAACCACCUUCUCGCCCCCCAUCCCGACCAUACGUCGGACCUUCUUUGAGACAAGGCAGCCCCACCCGUCCUCCUAGUGGUGGAACCAGUGUUUCUCCAUUUAGAGUGUCCAAACAGAGCAUGAUGCAAUCCAAACCAGAACCUCGUGCACCUCUGCACUAUCCACCUGGCAUUACGCCUGUCUACACUCCCUACGUUUCGGAUUCUCGGCCAGAGGAUAGACUAUACAGCCAGCCGUAUGCUGAGCAAAUUUACGCAACUACGGGACGUGGCUCAUCUAACCCUUCGCCAGAGAAAACUUUGAUGAACAACAGCUACUUAACCUACCGACGGCCACCGCCAAACAUGCCCCCUCUCAGGGUUGCUCCGGCUGAGCUUUCAUCCCAGAUAGACAGUGUUAGCGAGGGUGGGUAUUACAUGAGGCAGCCCACCCGAUUGGUGGGGUCUCCUGCUUACCCGCCCACAGAACUACGUUAUGAGGGACACAGACGGAGAGAGGGCUGGUAUGGGGACAUGGAGGCAGGGCCUCCGCGAUCUCCUGUCGGACUACCACGAUCUCCCAGCUUCCAGAAAGCUCAGCUGUCUCCCGUUCACCCCGUUCAGGAGUUUAACUUUGCACCUGCAAAUAUCUCGGACGCUGUGCACCAUUUCAGAGGACCCUACCAAGAGCACUCCGGCAGGCAACAGCUCCCCCACCCACUGUUCGGAGGAGCACACUACAGGCAGGAGGCCUUUGCAAUGCAGGAGUCCAUGCUGCUCUGAGAUGGACAGACAGAGACCGAAAUAGAGGGAUACACUGUAAGAGUGAUGGCUAGCAAGCAGUUUUGUGUUGGUUUAAUGUUUUUGCAUUCUGUUUUGUUUAUUUGUUUGUUCGUUUGUUUGUCUGGCAAGUCUUACCAAACAAGGAUUGCCAGUUUCAGGCAUUUGUACUGAUCAAAGACUGAUUGAAGAAUUAUGCUUUUAUUUUUGUCCGUAAAAUAAUCAUUAACUGCCGAUGUGAGUUAUAUAACAGAGCUUAAAUGUGCAAAGAUAGGUUUUUGUUGUUUGUGUAAUUAGUACACUGAGAUAUUUAAAUGGAGGUUUAUGGACAAACUCAGUUACUGAUCUAUUAUCAUCUAUUUUUUUAAUGCAUUUCAGACAUAAACAUACUUUAGAGGAUACUUUAUUCCUUGAUUGUGAAUAUAUUUUUUAAGAACAAAGAUUUGUGUAGGUUAGAUACAGUAUGUAUAAUUAUGAACAACUAAAAUAGUGAAAAUAGUUGCUGUUGGACAGAAUAUUUCAAUGUAUCACUACAGUGUUCAUAUGAAAGUAAAAACCUUGUUUGUAAGGCUUGUUUUUGAGGUUAUAUAUAAAAAUGCAGAUAUUUAAUUUUACAUUGAAAGGGAAGUUUAGGGGGUAUGUGCGUUCUCAAAAUCUGUUAGGCACUGACCAGCAAAGUAGAUCUUAUAUUUUCAGUUCAAGGUAAAAACAUAAAAUAACUGAUCAAACUGAUUGAUACUAGAGUUUGUUAAAAUGAUGAAAAAGCUUCCCUGGAUUUGGACAUUGUAUAUUGUCACUAGCAGAUAACUCUGUAACAAAGGGUGAAAUAAAGUAAAUUGGGCCACUUUUGGCUGUCAAAGUGGCCCAAUUUACCCAAAUUCAUCCAAUAAAUGUAUGUGAUGCCCAAUGCAAGUUAUGCAAUUUGUUACUGAAAACUCUGUUUGAAUUCAAUAAUAUGGCUGCUAGUUUGUUAUAGCAUGCAGCUGCAGUGUUAAGUUGGUUGUACCUGUGCUGUUACUCAGUGGAAUUCUUCUAAUAAUGGACCUUUUUUAUAGCAGCAAGAUUAUCAAAUUCAAAUUUCACAAAAAGCACAGGUUUUACACAUUAUACAACAUUAUACACAUUAUAAAACAAUCAACUCACAGAUCUCUACAGAUCUAUUGAUCUUUUUUUUUUUCACUCCAUACCAUUUCCUAAUCUUAUUUAGGAAACUAGAUUAAGCUCCUAACCCAUUAACUUGUUUUUGAGUGAACUUUUUUUUUUCUUCAGCCUACUUGAUUAUAUGGCAUGGCAACACUACCAACUCAUUUGACACAUUAAUUUUAAAGGGUUAGUUCACCCAAAAAUGAAAAUUCUGUCAUUAGUUACUCACGUUCAUGUCGUUCCAAACCCGUAAGACCUUCGUUCAUCUUCGGAACACAAAGAUAAGAUAUUUUUGAUGAAAUGCGUGAGCCUUCUGGCCUCUGACUGUAACACAAUUACCACUUUUAAGGCCCAGAAAGGUAGUAAAGACAUAGUUAAAAUAGUCCAUGUGACUACAGUGGUUCAACCUUAAUUUUAUGAAGCAGCGAGAAUACUUUUUGUGCGCAAAAACAAAACAAAAAUAACGACUUCAUUCAACAAUUUCUUCUCCUCCCUGUCAUUUUCCUGUGCUGUUUACAUUGUAGACACAGGGCAGUGCUUCCAGGUUCUACGUAAGAAAGCUGACACUUUAUUGGCCGCUCCUGCGUCAGCAUCACACGCAUGUGUCAUGCUGCCAAUACAAUGAACAGUGUCGGCCAAUGCUGAGUCGCCGUUCUGAUGUAGAACCCGGAAGCGCUGCACUGUGUUUACUACGUGAUCAGCAUAGGAGAUUGACAUGGAAGAGAAUAAAUUGUUGAAUAAAGUUAUUUUUGUUUGAUUUGUGCACAAAAAAAUAUUUUUGUCUCUUCAUAACAUUAAGUUUGAACCACUGUAGUCACAUGGACUAUUUUACAGAUGUCUUUACUACCUUUCUGGGCCUUGAAAGUGGUUAUUAUGUUGCAUUCUUUUGGAGGCCAGAAGGCUCACGGAUUUCAUCAAAAAUAUCUUAAUUUGUGUUCCAAAGAUGACUGAAUGUCUUACAGGUUUGGAUCGACAUGAGGGUGAGUAAUUAAUGACAAAAUUUUCAUUUUUGGGUGAACUAUCCCUUUAAUUUUACACACCAGUAUAUUUGCUACUGAAUAUGUAGCAGAUUGAUUAUUUCAUAGUAUACCAUAAUGACCGGACCAAACAGCUUUCAGAACACUCCACGCAACACACACUCCUAAUGUAUCCCUUUCUGAUGCCAUCUGCUAUCAUACCACUGCAAAAAAAAAAAAAAAAAUCUUAUUCAGUCUUAUUCAUGGACAAGCAAACUAAUUUAUUCUCUGCUCUAGCCCCAGUUGUUUCCUUCUUCCAGGCCUGUCAUUUCAGUACUGGUUUAGUACACUUCAUUUUGACCGAGCAUUCCAGUUCAGAUUGUUGGACUGAAUAUUAUUUCUUUGUUAAACUACUAAAUGCAACUUGAUUAUCAGAUUUCCCCUUCUCUAAUAAAACAACAUGGGGUGAUUUUAAAAAAAA